AUCAACAUUAUCUGAGCGAAAAACCCUAUCAAAUGACGUGGCACGUGAUGAUUGGCGUUGCAACGCGUUUUGGCUAUAGAAAAAAAAAAAAUUUAUUGCAUCUCUUCGAUCCUGCUUUCGGUCCCUCCGCUUCUCCUCACGCCGACGAUUUCGAGCUCUCUCACGCCGGCGAUUACGAGCUUGUUCCCUGACGAGCUAAGGAUCAUUCAAGGAGGACCUGUGAAAAUGGGUCUAGAGAAAAGCUUUAGCAUUGCUCUUAAACUCUAGUUUCAGUCUAUUCAAAAGAACAAAACUAAAGCCAAGACAAAGAGUUUUCUGAUAAUAUACGAUUGAUUGUGUUGAAGACAUAUAUGCACACAGCCAAGAUUCUCUUCUUGCCCUCUUCUGGAUUCUCUCAAUCUUUUGGAUGAGGUUUUGUCUUAGACUUGUUUUGGAAACUUUGUUGUAUUGUGUUACUUCUUGAGCAAAUAUAGUCUUCUAACAUUU